AUGCGUGUCUAUGCGACGUCUCUCGCCGUUCUGGCGCAGCUCGCGGCCAUUGCACAGGGUGUGCGCAUCAUUCAGGGCAACGAUGAUGGCUGGGCCGAACUAUACGCCCGUUCUGCCAAUGCCGCUUUCAAGGCGGCCGGCCACCAGGUCAUUCUCUCUGCGCCCGCUGAGAACAAAUCUGGCAGUGGCUCCAACGACGAGGAACCAAAGCCACGCACUGAGCCCUGCCAAUACAACUCGUGCCCCGCCAACAGCGGCCCUCUUGGCGUCAACGCCACCUCGCCCGAUCUGCACUGGGUCAACUCGUUCCCUGUGACGGCUCUCCGCUACGGCAUUGACAACUUUGUCAAGCAGUCCUGGCCUCAGGGCGCCGACCUCGCUGUUACUGGCCCCAACGUUGGCUCCAACAUAUGGGUUCAGGUCCCCUUCUCGGGCACCGUCGGCGGCGCCGUCUUCGCCGCCAAGGACCGCAAGCUCCCUUCCAUUGCCUUCUCCGGCUCCAGCAGCGGCACGCUCGCUUGGAACACGCAGCCCGUGCCCACACGUAGCACCGUCUACGCCGAGCUCGCGACGCGCCUCGUCAACGCCGUCGUCGCCGGCGCAAGCCCUACCUCCCUCGAAGAACGUCAACUUCCAGAACAUCGACAAACAUCGACAACCGCUGCAAGUCAAAUUCGUCCUGACGAGGCUCAAACCCCGGCAUCUUCUCCGCCCAGGACGCCCUCAGCUUGCGGCAGCACCAGGCUGCCCACCGAGACGAGCGUCAUUCUGAGGACUGAUGCCUGCUACGCUACCGUCAGCAUUGGUGACGCUGCCGACAAGACGACUGCUUCGGCUGCGCAGCAGGCGCCUGUCAUUGCCAGGCUCUCCAAGCUCACUACCUGCCUGCCUUAG